UCUUGUUCGGAUUACAAACAGAUGCAUCAAACAACUUGCUUUUUUAUGAUGACCAAACAAUUAUCUUUCCGUGUGGAAAAACGUGUGUUUGCCACAACUUUGUACACCAACGUCAGACAUUCAUAUCCGGUAAGUUUUCGUGAAACUUAAAACGCUUUUAUACGUGUUAAACUGUGCAAUUUGGUCUUAAAUGUAUUACAUUUCCAAGUGACGUAUGAGAAACAUUUAAAAGGGUGUCAUGUGACUGUCACGUGACUAUCCCAAGGUAUUCCCCAAGAUGGCGGUGUGUCAGCAUCAGAGAAAAGCCAAGGCAUUCGUGCGAUGGCCCUCAGUCCCAACAGACGUUUCUUGGCCGUUUCAGAGCGUGGCUACCAGGCCGCCAUUACAGUGUUUGACCUGCAAGAUGACAAAGGAAGAAAGAGAAAACUUUUGUCUUCAGAAGACAUUGUUGGUGAAGAGAUUGUGUGCAUGGCUUUCUCCCCUAAUUCCAAGUAUCUUUUGGCCCAAACGAGCGGACCAGAAUGGAUGCUUGUCUUGUGGCUUUGGGAAAAGCAGAACGUUGCGUCAACAAAGAAGAUGACUAACUCAAAUAACCCCGUCAACCAGGUCAGCUUCAACCCGUACAACAACACCCACGUCUGUGUGACUGGAAGUGGAGUGUUUCAAGUCUUGUGCUACUCAGAGGGAACUCUUAGGCAGACCAGCUCCCCAAAGGUUGAGUCCAUGGACUUUGUGUGUCACGCUUGGAUCGCUGAGGAUCAGGUGAUGACCGCAACCAGCACUGGUAGGCUGCUGGUCUUUCAAAAUGGAGACCUGCACUGGGAGAUGGACAUGGCUGCACUGGAAGUGCCUGACAGACAAGUAGAGAUGAAGAAGACCAGAGGCAGAGAUGUCAACCAGGGCCCCGCGUUGUUUCCAAUCACGGCUCUUGUAAAAUACUCCAAAGGUUUCGCAUGCUCGACAGGACCCGAUGCCGUCUGUCUUUAUGAAAAGACCGCAAAGAACACGUACAGAAAGAGCAAAGAGAUACUGAUCCCAGGCCAUCGUUACGGUGGUGACGCGCCUUCUGUAGACGGUCAGCAGAUCACCAGGAUGUGCAUGAGUCCAUCAGAGCAAACUCUGGCAGUCAGCACGGACAGAGGACAAUUGUAUGGCAUCAACAUGUCCUCUGUGCUCAUGAACAAGGACAGAAGACUACAUUUUGAGGUUUUGUCGCUGCCCUUCCACUCAAAAUCUAUCACUGACGUGUCUGUCUGCACCUGGAAGCCAAUUGUAGCCACCAGCUCUCUGGACCAUUCAGUCUGCAUCUGGAACUAUGAAACCAAAAUAUUGGAAGUGUUCAAAGAAUUCCAAGAACAACCAUACAGUGUGGCCCUCCACCCUACGGGUCUCUUCAUACUUGUGGGAUUUUCAGACAAACUCCAGCUAAUGGGUUUGCAUAUGGAUGACAUCUGCAUGUUGAAGGACUUCACCAUUCAAAACUGCAAAGAGUGUUCUUUUAGUCAUGGUGGCCACUUGUUUGCAGCAGCCAGUGGAAAUGUCAUCCAUAUCUACUCCCUGACCUCUUUCCAGAACAUCCACAAUCUGAAAGGUCACAAUGGAAAGAUUUGUGACGUGAAGUGGAGCAAGGACGACAGUCGGCUUGUGUCACGUGGAAUUGAUGGUGUGGUGUACGAGUGGAGCACGCAGACUGGCAAGCGAGAGUCCAACAGUGCCCUCAAGUCCUGCAGUUAUACAAGUGUGGCCUUCUCAUCUGACGGCAGGUCCGUUCUGGCUUUGAGCACAGACCACACCUUAAAAGAACUCCAAGCUGGCCAGAUUCUGAGACAGGUUCCUGUUGAUAAUCUAUCGUACACAACUAUGGCAGUGUCUCACUCUGGUAAUGUCGUCUUCACUGGAACCGACACUGGAAACAUUGGGACAGUUAAAUUUCCAUCACCUCGUGAGAAGGAGUGGAUGAUUUACCACGUGCACGGUGGCCCUGUCACCAAGAUGGUGGUCACCUGUGAUGAUCAGUUCCUACUUACAGUCUCUGAAGACAACUGCCUGGUGUUGUGGAGGAUCCUCAAUGAUGACGACUGUGGAUUGAAGGCCAACAAACACAUUGAAGAGACACUUAUUAACAAGGCAUGCUUGGAAGACAAGUUGAAAGAGAGAAGAGACGAAAGACCUUUUUCGAUUGCUUCUUCGCUAUCAACCGUGGAUUGGGAUGUGUUAAGUCUGACAAUGCCUGAUGUCCUUUGGCAUGAUCCUUCUCCGAUGGAAAAACGGUCACAGAAGAUGUUGGAGCUGAAAUUGCGUCUACAGGAGAUUGAAAUGGAAAACGAGUACGAGCUGCGACUGAGGGAAAUGAAAUACAACGAGAAGAUGAGAGAGUCACAUGACAAGUUCACCAAGCAAACAGAAACUUUGGAAAAGGCACAACAGGAGAUGACAGCAUCUUUGGAAAAGCAGGAAGUUGUGCAUCAGCAGAGAUGUGAAGAACUCAUUGCCAAACACGUCAAAGAAGUGGAGGCUUUAGAGUCUUCAUACAGUCACAAGCUGAUUGUGGAGCAUGAAAAAUACCAGGAUGUCCAGAAUAAGUGUGAAAAAAUGCAGCUCGACUUCAGUGAACAGUUGAAAAAUGCUGCAGAAAGCAAAGCCAGAGAAGUUGAGAAGCUCAGUCAGCUUCAUGAGGUCCAACUGCAGGAGAAAACUCAGCUCCUAGUUAAGUGCCAAAGGGAUAAAGAGCAGCAGAGCCUCAAGUUCAAACGCAUCAUAGAGCAAUCAGAGGAGGAUGAAGUCAAACAAAUCCAUGACAUCCAAAUCAAAUACGAGCGGAAACUGCUGACCGAGCAAGAAAACAACAAAGAGCUGCAGGAAGAAGCGAGUAUUAUGAAGCAAAAGUUGUCCAGCCUGCAGAGACAAAUAGACGACCGACAAACCGACAUCGGCGUGCUAAAGCAGGAGCGACAGAAGCUGCUGGGCUUAAUUCGCUCCCUCGAGGACGACAUUAAAGACCUGAAAUGGCAGAACUGUGGGCAGAAAAAGACCAACGAGGACAAGGAUAAAACCAUCUUUGAUCUGCAAAAAAAACAUCAGGAGUUGGAGAAGUUGAAAUUUCUGCUGGAUUUCCAGUUGAGUGAGUUGAAGAAGCAAAUUGAGCCGCAACGAGAAAGUAUUAAUGAGAAGAAAGAAAGAAUCCAGCAAUUGGAGGAGGAAGUGGUGAGAAUUGACAAGGACAACAGCCAGACGAAGAUGACCAUCAGUGAGUUGAAGUUGAAGCUGAAGACAAGAAGUAAAGCCAUGCAGCAGGAGAUGCAACAUGUGAGCUCCCUCCAGACUCACCUGCAUCGACUGCAGGCAGACUUGCAGGAAUGUGUUGGCUUCAUCCAGGAGCCCAGCAAACUGAAGAAGAGUGUGAAGAUGAUUUGUGCUCGUUAUGUACUGCACACUGAAGGGGUGGACAAAAGUCAAUCUGAUGUUUGUAAGACAUUUACUUGCAAGCGGGAGGUCGUGGAAAAGACGGCUCAAGGUUUGAAACCAAGAUUGUCCAAGUCUGCUAAUGAUGAAGAUCACCACAAAAACAAGUCUUCUAAUGAUGAGGAUCACCACAAAAUCUACAACAAAAUCAUGAAGGAAAACGUGAAGCUGAUCGCUGAAGUCAAUGAGUUAAGACGUGAGCUGUGUCAGGCCAGACGCCAGGUCAAAGAUUACAAAACUCAGCUGGAUGUUUUUAAAAGGUCAAUCAAUUCUGUGUCUACUCAGGAAGGACAUCAUAUUUCUAGAAAUGAACGUCUUUCACAUUCCCUAACCUGAUCUUGUUUAUUUGUGUGUACAAAUAUUUCCAGUGUUGUUAAUCCCUGACUACAGUGCUGUUUGAUUUAAACAACCUUCUGUCAAGUUAUUUUGUACAUACUGAGUUUCCUUGGGGAAAAUCCCUUCCAAAGUAACAAAGCACAAUCUCAGGGCAUUCAAUCGAUCACAACUGGACCGUUUGGCUUGACUUUGAAAACGUUUCGCCUCUCAUCCAAGUAGGCUUCAUCAGUUCAUGACCAUAGAUUUAGAUUGGUCAGAUUUAGUCUGAGACUUAGA